CAGUUGCGAGGGCCUCCGAACUGCCUCUUUCGCCUCAUUUUCCUGUUGGCGGUUUCUGAAAGAAGGAGAGAGAAAGAGAGAGCAUGGCGGCCGGGGAAGCUAAGUCCGUUUUAUUCGUUUGCCUGGGGAACAUUUGCCGCUCUCCCAUAGCCGAAGCUGUUUUUAGGAAACUUGUGACUGAGGGAAACAUUGAAAACAAGUGGAGGAUAGACAGUGCAGCAACGUCUACGUAUGAAGUAGGAAAUCCUCCAGAUUAUCGAGGCCAGAAUUGCAUGAGGAAACAUGGUGUUACCAUGAAUCAUAUUGCCAGGCAGGUUACAAAAGAUGAUUUCCUGACGUUUGAUUAUAUGCUUUGUAUGGAUGAAAGUAACUUGCGAGAUCUGAAAAGAAAAAGCAAUAGUGUUCAAAACUGCAAAUCUCAGAUUGAGCUGCUUGGAAGCUAUGAUCCACAAAAGCAGCUUAUUAUUGAAGAUCCGUACUAUGGGACUGAUGAAGAUUUUGAAACUGUUUAUCAACAGUGCCUUAGAUGCUGUAAAGCAUUUUUGGAGAAACCUCAUUAAUGAGACAAGUGUUUCUGAAAGCAAAUAAUAUUUAGCUGUUCUGUAAAAUUAUUCUUAAUUGAUAUUAAAUUGUAAAGAUUCUAAAAAUAAGUCCUUUUUUAGCAUACUUAAUUUCAUGAUGUGCACUGCACCUUGUACUUGAGAAAUGGUAGGCUUAUAAAAUUAAUAUUGACCUUGAUCAAGCAUCUAUAUAAGGGGGAAAGCAUCCAGUUCUGACAAAAUAAAUGUGUGUGAUUCUUGGUAUACAUAUUCCACAUAAUAUGUAAAAGAAUUCCUGUAUGCAUACUCUAAAUAUAAUACACCUAUGUCUGUUUUCCAUUGCUACUCGUAUGUAUGGUACUUUCUAACCUUAAACAUCUUAGAAGUAUCUUUUGGAUGUUUUGUCACAUGAUUAAGAACUGAAGACUUAACAAAACAGUCUCUCUUUACUUUUUCCAUUAUUUGUGAUUUGAAAGAGAGAGAGACUUACAGCCAUAUAGAGUUGUUGAGCUGUAUGAAUUUAACAAGUCUGCAUAACCACAGAAUAAGUUCAUUGUGUGGUGUCUUGAUGCAUAGUACAGUCACCUAGAGUCUUGGUCUCUCUUUUUUUCUAAUUAUUCAAACAAAAUCUAGCCUUCAGUAGCUGCUGAGAUGAUGCUUGAAAGAGGAUAAAUACAGCCUUGUGAAGUCUUGGAGCAGUGUGCAUGGCACAAAGUGUUAUUUGCAGAUCAUGUGUACUAACGGAAGCCGAGUAAAUUAAUUAAAUAUGCUUCACUUGCCCUAACA